UACAGCAGGACGUGGAAACACCUCUAUGGAAGACUUGUUAGGGCUGCUUUGGUCCUCAUCAUAUGUGAUCUUCCAGCAGCACAUAAAUUUGGCGGUUUUGGUGGUUGUAGUCAUCGCCAUUUCUGUAAUGUUUGCUGCACCUUCACGUCCCUGCAGAUUUACCGGGCAUAUUCCAGGGAUACAAUGACUCAUUCCUGGGUGCACAGAACCAACAACGACACCAGACAGUGGGCCCAGCGAUAUGCUGAUGCACCCAAAGUGGCAUCCGCAGAUAAAUUUUUCAAGAAAUCUGGACAACGAUGGACCUGCCUCUUACUUCUACCUUAUUUUGAUCUCUCAUGCAUGAUUGUCAUGGAUUGCAUGCACAAUCUCUUUCUCGGAGUUAUCAAGGAGCACUUUCACAGGAUUCUUGGCUUUCGGGUUCAGAAAAACAAGCCAUAUGAGCCAGAAGUGGCUCAGCCACCCAAGCCCACUUUAGGUUACCACCCUGGAAGCGUCACUACCAAAGAUGAGAUGGAGACCUUCUGGAGAGAUCUAGGCAAUAUGAUCAAGCUGUCCUGGCUUACUUCUGUUCCAGCUAAAGUUGGAGGAAACGAGAGUGAUGGUAAAUUGAAGGCUGAUCAAUGGUGGGUGUUAAGACUCACAUUUAUACCAUUGUCACUCAUUCCGAUGUGGUCAAAUGCCUCUCCACAAAAACAGGAGCUAUUAAAGCUCACUAUGGACCUUGUCAGCACUGUUAUUGUGGCUACAUUGUACAAAACGUCGGCAGAACAUGGGCAAAUCUACACCAAGCACAUGAUGGCCUAUCACUCAUGUCUCCAGUCACUAUUUCCCUCUUACGAGUGUCAUCCCAAUCAUCAUAUGUCAAUGCAUAUAGAGGAAUACCUGGCAUUAUAUGGACCAGCUCAGGGAUGGUGGGCAUUCCUGUUUGAGAGAGCGAUCGGUCAGCUGCAAAGGAUAUCCACUAAUUACAAACCAGGUGAGCUUCAGUGCCUUACAGUAUUCAGACACCUUAAUGUAUCAAAAGGAGAAUAUGAAGAGACGAUAUCGAGAUCUUGGCAUUGCAGGUCGAAUUUCUGUAUCUGUUAG